AUGCAGAAGAUCAACACCGAUACGGCCAAUAGGCCGCAUCUAGCACACAGUCAGGCACAUGAAGGCGACAUACCGGGAACUGUUGAUCUUAGCGCUGCUGAAGGUGACGAUACAGCGUACGGACAAGCGCUUUACCCUGUUCCUGCAGAAGAUCCUAAUGAUCCACUUCAAUUCCAACAGCAGGCUCCUCGCUUUGCGUCAUGA